AUGUCUGGGGGAACACCAGUUGGGGGUGGAUACAUGAGGCAGAGGCAUAGCCAGGGAUAUGCUUCGAGUGGCGAUGACCUUGAGGAUGAUGCUUGUUCAAAACCACCUUCUCAAUCACCAUCAUUUCCAAGGACCCGGACAUGGCUUGAGAUUGUGGAGAAUUUUCUUUGGAUUGCUUCUGCAGUUUUUAUUCUAUACUAUGGUGAUCGGCACUCCAACUUUAUUUACCUCUUGUGGCAUGAUGGUCGCAUUAGAAGAAUACCAUUAUACCUUGGAAUGUUUGGUGUCAGUUUGAAUGUUAUCUUCUUCUUGUACACAAGUAUGUUAGCUUGGGGUGCCAGUGAGAAGUGGGAAAUUUCAAGUACAGCUGCCCUUCCAUUUAUAACCUUAUUGGGUCUCAUCUCGUUUUGCUUGUUCUCUUUUGCUUUGUGGCCAAUUUGGAGUUUCUUGACCAUUCCUCUUUUGUUCACCCUAUUCAUGGCUUGCAUCGUUAUUCUGCCAUAUUUGGUGCUCGGUACAUUCAAGCCACAAACUGAUCUGCUGCGUACAGAUUAA